UCACAAGAAAAUGGGUCUCUCAGUCUUUCACUGCUGGUAUUCAACUAACUGUUCGCCAGCUUCAUCCCACCUUUUUCUUUUGGUAGACGUUGCUCCCCGCAGGUGCCAAGACCUCUCGUUGCAGGAGAAGCACGUGCCAUGAGCUAAAUCCAACCCACCACGACUUGCAGUUUGACUCCAAAGGUACUGAUGCCUCCGAGCCCGUGUAGGACUGUAUAGAAAGGGACACAUUCCUAGGCCCUUGACAGCUCUGCUUUGGGUAUUUAGGCCAUUCCUUGCGGUUCUCGGAGACAUUCAACGGGCGAGGAUCCCGACCGAGGGUCCAACCGAGAUAUCCCCAGAAUGCAAACGGAAUCUCUAGACGCGCAUAUUGCGGCGGUGCAAGCUAUUGUGAAAGCGUGGAUUAGGACAUCUCCUAUAUAGUCGAUUGACCUUCGGUGCAUGAGAGCUAUAAUUGCACUGGAUAUCGUCUCCUCGGCCUUGCUUUCACACGGAGCCCUUCUCUGAACUCGAAAAAUGGCGGGCCAAAUCGAGUCAGGACCGCUCGCUUCAGCAUACGAUAGCCCCACGUUCGGGGAGGACAGUUCAUUCCAUAUUGAUCAAGCAGUUGGGUCAAUGUCAAUAUCGCCUUGCGGGAGAGACGUCGUUCUUGCAUCAAAGGAAGGCCUACAUGUUAUAGAUCUCGAUAAUCCGUAUUCCCCGCCCCGUUAUCUUCCUCACCGAACAGCAUGGGAAGUUGCCGAUGUCCAGUGGUCUCCUUUUUCCGCUCGGGAUUCCUGGGUGGCAAGCACAUCAAACCAAAAAGCAUUGGUCUGGAAUUUGGCUAUGCGGACUUCACAGAAUUCUAUAGAACAUGUUCUACACGCACACUCGAGAGCAAUAACGGAUAUAAAUUUUUCAGCCCACCAUCCUGAUUUACUAGCUACUUGCGCUGUCGAUAGUUUUGUCCACUGCUGGGACUUGAGAACGCCCGCCCGGCCUGUUGUUUCUUUUUCAGAUUGGUUUACCGGGGCAACUCAAGUCAAAUGGAACCGACAGGAUCCUCAUGUCAUUGCUAGCUCCCACGAUAAAUCGCUUCACAUAUGGGACGAUAGAAAAGGCGCAUAUCCCCUACGCACCUUUGAGGCACAUGGGACGAAAAUUUACGGCAUUGAUUGGAACAGGACUCGCCCCGAGGCGAUUGUCACCUGUGCACUAGACAAAACAAUAAAGUUCUGGAACUAUUCAAAAGAAGGAAGCAAGCCGGAGAACGUUACCCAUACACCAUUUCCUGUAUGGCGGACCAGACAUACUCCGUUUGGAUGGGGUGUUCUGGCGAUGCCACAACGUGGAAACAGUGACCUUCAUCUAUAUAGCUGUGUUUCAGCUGAGAAUAACCGGAGUGAACGUGAUGAUUUGCCGUUGGUCCAUAGCUUCUCCGGGCACAAGGGCCAGGUCAAGGAGUUUCUUUGGAGGCAGAGGGGAGGCAUCUUAGAUGGCAUGGAUCAGCGAGAAUUUCAGCUUGUCUCAUGGGGAACAGACAAGGAGCUACGUCUUCAUCGUGUAGACCCAGAGAUUUUAAAAGGUGUUGGCUACGAAAAGGGCAAACCAUUCAACCCCCUACUCAACCUUACUCGAAAAGGGGCAGCCUACAAAACUUUUCAUGAUGAACACUCCUACGAGCAUGGUGAAGUGGGUGAGGAUUAUGGUGAACGAUCAGAAUAUCUUGCCGCCAACAAUACCCUCAAAGGUAUGAGUGGGGUAAGCAUGCCAUACUCGCGUGGAUGGGGUCAAGUUCGAUCCAUUGGACAGUCAAGCAGUGUUCGUGGGCGCACAACCCUUAGGGCUGAUAUGAACCCAAUUUCCUGGAUGCGAGGAGUGAAAAUCUCUGGAUGGGAAGUGGAAACGCUGGGUGAUGAAAUAAUCCAUGUUGGUGAAAAAUUCACCCGUGUAGCUUUUGAAUCCGUCAAUGUUGGGCAGCGGAAAGCGACCAUUUCCAUGCACGGGCCGUGGGGAUCGGAGAACUCGAAUGUUUUCCUUAAAAUAGAUAUCAAGUUUCCCACAGGAUACCCUCGAAUGGAAGCACCUAUUUUCAACGUCCAAAGAACAACUGCAGUAACAAGCCAACUAGUCAAAACUGUUACUACUGGAAUGCAGGCAAUUGCAGAGACGUAUCUUUCAAGACAACGAGGCUGCCUUGAAGGAGUGAUUCGAUACUUACUUGGAGAACAUACCGUUGAGGAAAGUGUAGCUCUGGCAAAGAAUCAGCCAAGUGAACAUCUUAAGUCUGCUGAUAUACUUGCUGGUAAUGAGUCAAGUGAUGAGGACGAAGACGUUGGCCAAUUUCAGGACUCUGAUCUUGCUCUAAGCUCUUCUGAGCUUCUUCGCCCUAUCAAUGCCAAUGUCAUGGUUCCAGUUGCUCGGGCAUGCGGUGCUUUAUGGGCCAACGAUGGCCAGCUUGUCUGUUUCUUCCCAAAGAAGGAAGAAAAACCUCCAUCCUUCCUAGACUCUAUAAGCUUGAGGGCCAUGGCUGGAUCAUCCCGCAAUGACAAAGUAUUUGAAGGAUUUGGACGCCUUCAGACAGGCUCUCCGGUACCAAGGGCAACAGCCGAAUCGGCAGUCAGCGGUGGCCUUGUCACUGAAGACGGUGGCUCGGAGUUUUCUGAUGACUCUUCAUACGAUUCAUCUAGCUCAUCUGGAUCCUCCGAUCUAUUAGGCUCACUCCCUCAGCAGUUCCAGGGGAAUCACACCUGGAGACACGAUAACAUUGGAUUUCACCUCGCACGCUCGAUUGCAGGGAAUUCACAGAGGUCUGUUGCUGGACCUAGCACUGCCAGAUCAUCGACCGACUCUUGUCAGAAUUAUGUCCACAUAUACCACUUUAAUGACAUACUACCUGCAAAACGAGAACUUGCUCAGCAGUACAAGAUAUUCGGGAAUCGUGCGGAGAUUUGCUCACAUAAUAUGGUAGUUGCAGCAAAUGCAGGGCUUUCGGAUCUAUCCUACGUCUGGGGGCUUCUGAAUUUACUCUUGGAUAAUAAGCAGACUACCGAUACUAAAGGUGUAAAGGAUCGUUUACGGCACAUAUUUAACAAUCCAGUGAGCAGCCUCCGACGAAAAGACAGCGGUGUCUGCUUCAGCAGCGAGAGACAAAAAACGUGGGGGAGCCAUCCUCUGGGAGCCCAAUGGUUUAUCCCUGCUUUGUGAGCCAUCCUGCAACGUCUUAU